UUCAUAAGGCUUAGGGCACGUCAGGCCUCUCACGUGCAGACACGUUGCUUCCUUCUCCCGGACGUUGGUUCACGCAGAAGGAACAACAAUCAUCUCUAGUUGAGAGAGUCCUCUUACACACGCCGCAAGGUCAACUCAGCGCCGCGGCAUAUACAGUCAUGGACAAGGUCAGAGAAGCUCGAACACAGCUGCAGGCAUACAGAAAUGCCUCUUCCGAUGAGCAGCUGCGGGCGGAUUGCUUUCGAGUUGAUUUAGACCUCGAGCAAUUCGAAGUCUUCCUUCAGCAAGCCCUCGAACAUCGCGAAACACGAGCACUCACCACCAGAUACGCGAGUUCGUCAAACUUUCCGGUCAUCCAAGAUGCUCAAGUUCCUCAAUUGUUCGUUAACAACAAACCUGUAUUGCGACUUUUCCUGCGUGACAUCCUGUAUCGCGUUACUAGGAAAAAGCUCUACGAAUGCUUGUCAGCACAAGGGUGCACCGAUUUUUCCAUAGAUAGUCUUAAGAAUACAAGAAAGGGCUCCGUUGCGGUCAUUUCUUGCAAGUUACUGUCAUCCUCAUGCGCUAUUCAGAUCAAAUCUUGUAAAAAAGAACUGACUUUCACAGAUUCUAGAGGCAGAAUCUCAUACAUCAAAACGAGACCCGAUCAAUUCACUCAGCAAGAACCUUUACCGAGCACUCAGCCCGCAUUCAACAAAUUAACGCUUCUUCCCACUCCUCUUGUAGACAUUUUACAAUGUGGAGAUGUGAUCAAACGCUUAGCUCACUAUCUUACUUACAAUGAUUUCCUAAAUCUUUACACAGCUUGCCAUGAUGACCCCAAUUCCAUGGCACAGCACUUCCAUUCGACUCUUGUUACGAUCGGUACUCUCACUCCAAUGGUCUGAAUAGAAUGCUUGAGGAUGUCAACAACUUCAAAUUCACCAGUAUUUCAUUCAAUACGUCAGUCAAUAUAAUAGAAAUUCCGUUUAUUAACAAAUUGUUAUGGCGCUGCGUCAGCCACAGGCCAAUUCCCGACAAGUAUCUUCGUCUGCGCGAAAUGGACCUAUCAGCUGUCACUGUCUCUAAGAAAACUUUCGAUCUACUCUCGGACAGUUUUGCAAUAAACAAGCUCACGUUGGGCAGCACCCCAGGUGGGUGCGACGAAUUUCUAACAGUGGCCAACUUAGAAUCACUGAACUUUGUAAAUAACAAAAAUUUAUCGCUUAAGUUUUUAACCAGAGAAAAAUGCAGUUCUCUGCGUUCUCUAUCGUUUAACAACUGCCAAGAAGUGCCUAUCGAACGUCUGUUCGACUUCGUAAAAAACAACACACACCUUGCAGAAUUAAAUUUCUCAAAUUCUCAAGGUAGAAAGAGACACACAGUCGAUCUUAUUAUGUCAAUUUUCUCUCCGUCCAAUGUCACUGAAGCAUUUAACUUCAACUAUUCAGCCUGUAAAGUGUUCCGUACUGAGAUCAUUCCUCGAGUAGUGUUCUUGCGUACGAAUACUCUCAGGACACUUAAUCUCGAAAACAACGACUAUUUCAAAGAUUUUGUUACAGACAUCAUAGACAAUGCGCCAAACCUAGUCGAGUUGAACUUAUUAGGAUUGGACUUGAAUUAUCCGUUACUUCUUUCAAAUUUACCUCAAUUACGGUCGAUCCGGAUAAAUUACAACUACCAUAUUGUAAAUGCACUCAUCAGUGCUGGUCCUAAACAAAUCUUUGAAGUAUUCAUAAACAAUACGUGGGGAAAGAAAAGAACUCGAGUAAUCAACCUAGCUAACUUAGCUGGAACGAUUCACGCCUGCGAACAAAUAGAUUUUAAGUUUGUUAACUGUCGAAUCAAUGUUCCGACGCACGUUCGCCAAGAUCUCGCUACACACGGCGUUAGUCUACGAGCGUUAGACAAUACUGUCUCUUUACUAAAGACUUUGUAAAUAUUUUAAGUUCAUAUUAAUAAGUUCAUACCACGAAUUGUUACCAUUAGAAUUUACACAAUCGUUAUAUUGUAAUCUCAGAUUCUAAUAUCUUUAGUUUUAAUGAUAACUUCUGUAAACGCUCUCCAGCUACCGACACUUCGCAAUCAUAAAAAAUGUUUUAAUCUCUCUCCGUCAUAAUUUCAUGGAUCAAAAUAAUAAAAAUACUUUUCCGUUUUUUUUCAUUUUCGUGGGGGAGUACUGUAGGUGCCCCACGUUAGGUGGCAGCACCUCCCGACUGCAGAGAGAGAGAGAGAGAGAGAGAGAGAGAGAGAGAGAGAGAGAGAGAGAGAGAGAGAGAGAGAGAGAGAGAGAGAGAGAGAGAGGCCAUGCUGCGAGCGAGCGAGCGCCGACGCCGAGAGUGUUCCGCAGACCACGGCACGAGUCGGUCGAGUUGGAGAGAGAGAGAAUAAAAUGAUUGUUUGAGAGAAGAGUGUCCAGUCUCUAGCCCAGCCUAGACUUCCUCUUCCUACA